AAAGGAUUCCCACAAAGAAAGGAAGAUUGAGAACAAUUGAGCAUUAUCAAUUUGAUACAUCCGAUUCGUCUGAAAGAUCUACUACAGUUAAUCUAGAUGAAACUUAUGGAUAUCACCGAACUACAUGCUUAGAAGCCUUGGGAAUAUCUAAACGUGCUAAAGCUAGUGCCAAAAAGAAAGCUGAAGAAACAGAAGAACCUAAGUACGAAGAGUGCAAAAGCUUUAUUAUUCUUCAACUUGGUAUUGCAUUAUUUCGUUUUGGCACCUUCACAGCAUUUGUUAUUAUUGAUUCCAAAACCAUCCUAUAUCUUUUUAUACCGAAUGUAGCAUUUUUAAUUAUUCCCACUGUAAUCAACUUAUUUAUGGAAUUUGGGAUAUUAUUUUCUGAUCAGAGCCAGAAUGGUGAUAAUGAUAAUAAGAAGGAUGGAGAGAAGAAUAAUGAUAAGGGAGAUAAGAAAGAUAAUGAAAAUGGCGAUGAGAAUGGUAAUGAAAAGGGUUAUCAGAAGGAUAUUAAAGAGGAUGAUAAAGGAGAAUUAUGA